CCGGGGCCGGGCCAGGGCACAGCCCCUCCUGCCCCGCACCCGCCGCCGCCGCCGCCUCAGGGUUAAAAACUUGAUGAUAGCUCUCAAUUCAAAGAAUCACUGAACAUUCAAGAAAACAAAAUGGGGACCCCUGGUUCUGGAAGGAAGAGAACGCCAGUAAAAGAUCGAUUCUCUGCAGAAGAUGAAGCUUUGAGCAGCAUAGCUCGAGAGGCUGAGGCCCGACUGGCAGCCAAGCGGGCCGCCCGAGCUGAAGCAAGAGACAUCCGGAUGAGGGAGUUGGAGCGGCAGCAGAAGGAGCACUCCUAUCGUUCCUGUGAUCGAAAAUGGGGCCAGAUUCAGAAGUGGAUGGAAGAUGCAGAAAGGGCCAGGUAUUCUCACCGGUCCAGUCACCAUCGUCCCCACCUGGGAGUUGAGGAUGUACUGUCCACUCGAAGUAUUGGCAGUCACAGGUAUGAUGCUCUGAAGGCUCGGUCUACGAAGCAUUCAUUUUCAAGCCAUGCUUAUGCUGACUCUUCCAGCACAAAGAGGAGGUCUUCUAGUUCCUACAAAGACCCCUUGAAAGGCCUCUACUACGACCAGAGGAACUAUAGCAGCCUCAGACACAGCAAGCCCCCCUCCACCUACUACACUCGGUCUUCUUCCUUGUGCAGUGACCCUCUGGCAACUUCUAAAACUCACAGGGUUUCUCGUGCUGUAGACACUGGUCUGAUGAGAAGUGCCAGUUUGGCGUCUCUGGGUGAUGUGGGAUUAUACAGCCCGUACAGUUCUCGAACACCAUCAGAAUACAGUUACUCAUCGAGAGCAAGUUCAUCCCGGAGCAGCCCUGUGUUUUCAGAUGAUGACGCCGGGAGUCUCGCAUCUUCAGGUCAUGCCAGCCAAGGGCGAAGAGCUAGUGUGGUGUCCGCCGCUGAUUACUUUAGUCGUUCCAGUCGGAGGGGAAGUGUUGUCUCUGAUGUGGACGAUGUCGUUAUCCCGGAUUUGAGCAGCUUGGAUGAAAAGUGCGACAAGCAGUAUGCUGAAACUUAUACCAGGCCCUCUUCUCGAAAUUCUGCCUCAGCAACAACACCCCUGAGUGGGAGUGCCUCCUGUCGAGGAAGCGGAGACACAGGCAGCUUCGUGGAUCCUGACGCUUCCUUAAGUGAAUUACGGGAUAUCUAUGAUCUUAAGGACCAGAUACAAGAUGUAGAAGGGAGAUACAUGCAAGGGCUUAAGGAGCUCAAGGACUCUCUGGCGGCUGUGGAGGAGAAAUACAAGAAAGCCAUGGUUUCCAAUGCCCAACUCGACAACGAGAAGAAUAAUUUGAUCUACCAGGUGGACACGCUAAAAGACGUGCUGGAGGGACAGGAAGAGCAGAUGGCGGAGUUCUACCGUGAGAAUGAGGAGAAAUCCAAGGAGCUGGAACGGCAGAAGCACCUGUGCGCUGUGCUGCAGCACAAGAUGGAGAUGCUGAAGGAGGGGCUGCGGCAGCGGGACGAGCUCAUCGAGGAGAAGCGAUGCAUGCAGCAGAGAGUAGACACCAUAACCAAAGAGUUGUUUGACCUCCAGGAGACACUUAUUUGGAAAGAUAAAAAAAUUGGGGCCCUAGAGAGGCAGAAAGAGUCCUUUGACUGCAUUAGGAAUGAGCGAGAUGCGCUCAGAGAGCAGUUGACCGAGCUGAAGGAAACCCUGGAGACAGGAGAGAAGCAUGGUUUAGUUAUAAUCCCCGAUGGCACUCCAAAUGGGGAUGUCAGUCAUGAGCCUGUGGUGGGCGCCAUCACCGUGGUAUCUCAGGAAGCAGCUCAGGUCUUGGAAUCCGCAGGGGAGGGGCCCCUAGAUGUAAGGCUACGAAAACUUGCUGGAGAAAAAGAAGAGCUGCUGUCCCAGAUCAAAAAGCUGAAGCUGCAGCUGGAAGAAGAAAGACAGAAGUGCUCCCGGCAUGACGGCAUGUUUGGAGACCCUGGGGGACUGGAGAACGGCUCAGACCUGCAGUUCAUUGAGAUGCAGAGAGAUGCCAACAGACAAAUUAGUGAAUACAAAUUCAAGCUUUCAAAAGCAGAACAAGAUAUAGCGACCAUGGAGCAAAAUAUUGGGAGGCUGGAAGGGCAGGUGGCCAGGUACAAGAGUGCAGCUGAGAACGCGGAGAAAGUGGAGGACGAGCUCAAAGCGGACAAGAGGAAGCUUCAGCGUGAGUUACGGACGGCCCUGGAUAAGAUUGAGGAGAUGGAGAUGACCAACAGUCACCUGGUUAAGAGGCUGGAGAAGAUGAAGGCCAACCGGACGGCACUCCUGUCCCAGCAGUAGACUGCGGCCUCCUCACUUGGGACUCUGCCCGCCUGCGCCUCUCCCCGGGCGUGGGUGAACUCAGACUUUUCCCCACCAUUGACGCAAACCGUUUGAAUACCCCGCUGUCCAGUAGUAUUUUUGUUUGUUGAUUAAAGUGGCAUCCUUUUACUGUGUAAUUUAUGAGAGAAUGAAAGCGGUUUGAAUCUGUGAA